GGAUUUAGUAUCAUCCAGUCCAGAUGGUGGAUCAGCACCUAGAGAUGACCUCUACAGCCCUGAAUCUCAGCGGAGACCAUGUCAACUAGACAAACCCUAGAAACAGAUCCCCUGUGAAGACCUCAUCAUCCAUUGACACAAGACCACGAGAACCAGAUGAGUCCUCUGCUCAAUCUGAUGUGCGUUGCAGCCUGGAAUUAAACCACACCAUGCUUCAUCUGGCCAGAGGAGAACUGGCCCCCAGACUGAGCCUGGUUUCUAACAAGAUUUUUUGACACAUAAAUAAAAGUGACUUGACUUGACACAUCAGUUACACACCUGAUCCAACAUUUUUAGUAAUAUCAAUGGUUUCUUAAUGAGGCAUACUCUUAUUUAAGAUACAUUGGCUUAAUUAACAUACUUGCAAAUGCUCCUGUAACAAGGGCACUAUAUACUGCAUUAAUUCACUUCUAUGAUCUAGUCUUUCUCAGUGCAAAUAUUUAGGCUACUGACAACCUUACUUCUAGAACAUCUAGGCUGUGUUUGUUUACACUGAAGAUGGCAGGUUGAUUUAUAGUUGUCUAGUUGCCCCGGUCUGUCUCUCCACAUACUGUAACUUCCAGCAGAUGGAAGCAGAGAUUAAAAAAAUAUAUACACGUGACUUUCCAUUGUAACUUAAUAUAUCAUUUCCGUUGACAUUUUAUUCUAACAGCAUGUUAAGACAAAGACAAACUGAUGUUCCAUAAGAAACAAUGAAUCAAUCCUCAUCAUUAUUGUUUCCACCCCAGUAGACUGACGCGAACAGCUGGAGAAGGAAGAAGAGCUUGAUGUUGUGAAGCCCCACGUGUUCUGUGUUCUGCACGAGAAUAAAUAGCACACACGGGCGAACAGACACAGCCGAAAGGACUUCAGCCUGUUAGACACCAAAAUGCUGAAUUUCAGCGGUUUCCUGCAUCAGCACCUCGUGACAGUGAGAUUUAAUUCGCGGGCGACUGACAUGAUCAUAUAGUGCGAAAUGUCUGGAUGACCUUCUCAUCAGGAGCGCUGGGAAUGACAAGGUCUCCAGUUUUUUCUCCGUUUUACUUCAGGCCGCUGGAAGCCGCAAACCAUAAAGCGACUCUUCGGUACAAAGCGACACGGACGAAUGCCUUAAACAUUAUUGUCAUCAUUUGGUAUGAUGGACUGUCUAUCACGCAGUGCGUACUGGCCUCUUAUUCGCUUUCUGCUGCCGCUAGCCAUUACUAAUAUAGCCAUCGACUUCGGAGAACAGGCACUAAACAGGGGGAUCGCUUCUGUGAAAGAGGACAGGGUUGAGAUGUUGGCCAGCUAUGGUCUGGCAUACUCGCUUAUGAAGUUCUUCACUGGACCCAUGAGCGACUUCAAAAAUGUGGGACUCGUGUUUGUCAACAGUAAGAAGGAGAGAACCAAGGCGGUCCUCUGUAUGGUUGUGGCUGGGGUCAUUGCCAUCAUCCUCCACAUCCUAAUAGCUUACACAGAUCUGGGCUAUUACAUCAUAAAUAAGCUCCACCAUGUGGAUGAUUCAGUAGGAAACAAGACGAGAAAGGCAUUCCUGUACCUCGCUGUAUUUCCAUUAUUAGAUGCAAUGGCAUGGAUUCAUGCUGGAAUCCUCCUGAAGCACAAGUACAGCCUGCUAGUGGGAUCUGCCUCCAUCUCUGAUGUUAUUGCACAGAUAAUAUUUGUGGCGAUUCUUCUCCAGAGUAACCUGGCAUGUUUAGAGCCUCUUCUUAUUCCCAUUCUGUCUCUGUAUAUGGGAGCUCUGGUGCGGUUCACUAUUGUGGGACUGGGUUACUACUGUAAUGUCCAUGACAACAUUCCUGAAUCAAGCAGCCUCGAACAGGGGGGCGAUGUCACCGUAAGGAAGAUGCUUAGUUUCUGGUGGCCGCUUGCCCUCAUUUUGGCCACUCAGCGCAUCAGCAGGCCCAUUGUCAAUCUGUUUGUCUCUCGGGACCUCAAAGGCAGCGCUGCAUCAACUGAAGCAGUAGCAGUACUCACAGCAACAUAUCCGGUUGGUCAUAUGCCCUACGGGUGGUUAACAGAACUGCGUGCUGUCUAUCCAGCUUUCGAUAAGAAUAACCCUACUAAUAAGUUAGCCAGUGGUCUGACAGUCACCAAAUCACAUAUCAAGAGGUUCACGCUUUGCUGUUUUCUCCUCUCCUUAACGAUGUGUUUCAUUGUAUUCUGGACCCCUCAUGUUUCCGAACGCAUCCUGGUAGAUGUCAUUGGUGUGGAUAUGGCUUUUGCACAGCUCUGCAUCAUUCCACUGAGAGUCUUUUCCUUCUUCCCUGUGCCUGUUACAGUUCGAGCUCAUCUGACGGGCUGGUUAAUGACGUUGAAGAGAACUUGUGUGCUGGUACCUAGUUCAGUUCUGCGCAUCGCUGUGCUCAUCACCAGCCUUCUAGUGCUGCCUUACAUGGGAGUGCAUGGUGCCACACUGGGAGUGGGGUCUUUAUUAGCAGGAUUCAUGGGGGAGUCCACCAUGGUCGCAGUGGCUGCCUGUUACGUAUACCGAAAACAGAAAACCCCAGAAGCAGAAAUGGUUGUGGAGGACAACUCUUCCCCGAUGAAUGAAGUCACCUCCAGGACAGAGUUUGAUGUCAUUGAAGAGGCUGAGAAUGAGCAGAUGGAAACAGAAGAUGAAUGAAUCUAGGCAUGGGAAGAAAAACAAGGGUGGAAGAUACAUGUUUUCCUUUCUUGGAUUUUUGACGACAAGAGCCUAACUAGUACUAGUACUUUAUCAUUUCAUAAAUUUUUUUUUUUUUUUUUUUACAUUUCUACAGUCUCUCCAUUACCCCAGUGGGACUGUCAGAUUGAUUGAUGCUUGUUUGGGGUAGGAUAAGCAGAUUUGCAUGUCUACAUAAAAUGCACUCCUGCACUUUUUUGCACUGAGGCAUAUUUACACAGAUGUCUUCCAAAGUUCCUGUUCUGCAGCCUGUAAACAUUUUUGCCAAAAAUAGACCCUUACAGUCAGAAAAUAAAUAAAUAAAUAAAAUAAAAUAAUAAAUCCUAGGAGAAAGAAUGCAUCAAGAAUGGGCUUGAAAGAUGUUUUAAUAACUGUACUGUUAUCUGAAUUUUUACCCUGGGAAAUACCGUGUUUCCUCUUGCCUUGAGACGCACAAUGAAUAGUUACACUUUGAGUGUAUUAUAACUUGUUCAAGAGGAAUUUAUUUUACUGACUUGGGGCACUGAAUAGAUUUGAUUGUAAAUGUCAGUUGAUUUAUUUUUGUAUUCACUGCAAAAAUUCAGGUUUUGUAUACUUUGCGAAUGUCAUUAUGGAGACAUUUAGAUCUGAAGAUAACUUCUAUAUAAAAAGGGUAUUUAUUUGAUCUUUUGUGAAAGCAUGAACAGAUCAUUUCUGAUCAGAUCUGACGUGAUCCAGUAUUUUGUACUGGGACCACAUUAUAGAAUUUUUUUUUUUUUUUUCUCCAGAUCUUAGAAAUUUAUGGUAUGCUUCACUUUCAAUAUCUGUUUUGCAAAUUACUAAAUGGAAUGUAGUUUUGGCAGUUUUUAGGUCCUGUUUAUUUUAGGUGCUCAUGUUACUCGGUGCUUGUUGUCUAACUGAA